AUGAGAUCCCUCGGGGAUGAUCCUCGAGGCAAAAAAUCAUUCUCUCUCGUAUGCACAUCCUUCCACUCCAUUGAAUCGCGUCACCGCAAAACCCUCAAGCCUCUUCGCGCCGAUCUCCUCUCAAGAACACUGCAAAGAUACCCUUUUAUAUCUCGCCUUGAUCUCAGUUACUGUCCACGUAUUGAGGACGAUAUGCUUUCGAUUAUGUCUACAACUUACAAAUCUACAUUGUUGUCGAUUGAUCUUUCAUGUUCUAGAUUUUUUACAAAUGUGGGUUUGUCGAGUUUGGUCAUGAACUGUUCAGCUUUGGUUGAGAUUGAUUUGUCAAAUGGGACCGAGUUGAUGGACUCGGCAGCGGCAGCGAUUGCGGAGGCUAAGAACUUGGAGAGGUUGUGGUUGGCAAGGUGUAAAUUGAUAUCAGACAUUGGAGUUGGGUGUAUAGCUGUGGGGUGUUAG